AUGGCAUUGGCUUUGAACAGCAUAAUCCCCCACACCAGAGCUUUGAGCUUAAGCACUUCUUUGCCUUCUAAAAAGCCUUCAAGCCCUCAAUUUCAACAGCCUCAGAAUCGUCGCCAAAGCACUCAAAUUGUGCAAAGCACUGCCUCGUCCUCCACCAACACCACCCUUUCUGAUGUUAAACUCCAAAUUCAGGAGGACAGCAACUUCAAUCCCACUUCCACUUCUGCCACUGCGUGGUCCGAAUUUGCCAGAAAUGUGUCCGGUGAAUGGGAUGGCUAUGGAGCAGACUUCACAAAGGAAGGGAACCCAAUUGAACUUCCUGAGAAUGUUGUACCUGGAGCUUACAGGGAGUGGGAGGUUAAGGUUUUCGAUUGGCAGACUCAAUGCCCCACUCUUGCUAACCCGGAAGAGCCCGUUCUUGUGUACAAGAAUAUAGAGCUACUUCCCACAGUUGGAUGUGAAGCUGAUGCUGCUACACGAUACACCGUCAUUGAGAAGAACAUUGGUGGUGUGAAUAACGAAGUUUCUGCCUUUGCAUAUCAGUCUAGCGGAUGCUAUGUGGCCGUCUGGCCAGUUGAGGAAAAGGGUAAUAAGUUGUUGGAGUUGGAGUAUUGCUUGAUUAACCCUCAAGAUAAGGAGUCUCGUGUGAGAAUAAUUCAGGUCAUCCGUAUAGAAAAUAUGAAGAUGAUGCUGCAGAAUACAAGAGUGUUUUGUGAGCAGUGGUAUGGACCAUUCAGAAAUGGGGAUCAAUUAGGCGGGUGUGCUAUCCGGGAUUCUGCCUUUGCUUCUACGGCUGCAUUGAAAGCUUCAGAAGUUGUUGGGACUUGGCAGGGCCCAAGAGCUCUUGCCAAUUUUGAUGGUUAUGGUUUGGAAAAUGAUAAACAGAACUUUUUUCAAGAACUUUUAGACAACAGUGAGCAGAACUCCGUAAGAGAUGAAAGUGGUCUGAUAUUUCUUCCCAAGCAGUUGUGGUGUUCACUAAAAGAAUGUAAAGAUGGUGAUACUUACAGCGAGGUGGGAUGGCUGUUGGAUCAUGGACGUGCCAUCACAUCAAAAUGCACCUUCUCAAGCACAGCAUUGCUGAAGGCAACAUCCAAUGACGAGAACAAACCAGCCAAGGAUUCAGUCCUACAUAUUUGA